AGCUGAAGGCAGAAGAGUUUGAAAACAAGAUUUGACGCAUUUGCGAUACCACAGUACAGCGCUCUUGUGAAGUAAUUUCCACGUUAUGCAAUAUUCUGUACACUGGUGGGAAACUGUGAGAUAGACGCCACAGGAGAAGAUAUAUGAGUGAAGGGCUUCAUGUUGCAUUACAGAAUGGAAGGCUGUGUUAUUUCACCUUUGUCAGAAGAAUUAAUUCCGCAUGAUCCAGAUGCUCGGCCGAUAUAUGACUUCUACCCGUAUCUCAGUACUGACCCUCAGACUCAUCCUGAAAGUGGAUGGGACUACACAAGUGUUCAAGGCCAUCACAGUGAAUUUGAGCCGCCUCAAGGAAACCAUUUCACUGAGCUGCAUCCCAGCACAUACCGCUACGGAGACGUGGAGUCCUUCCAUGCAGCCGUAGAUUCAGGGAUGGGAACAUUUUUACCUGUCGUUCCUCCACAGUAUACUUACAUCCCCCACCCACUGUACCAGCGGUCCCCCGUCCCCCACUGCAGUACUGAUGAUGAGGACCCCGGGGGACGCAGUCCACCCUUUGAGGUGUCCGAGGGUGAGGAGGACAACGACAGACAUCCAGGCAUCUCCAGCUCAGGAAACAAGCGGAAAGUGCGUCUCUAUCAGUUCCUCCUGGACCUCCUGCAGGACGGAGACAUGCGGGACUGCAUCUGGUGGGUGGACCGAGAGCGAGGCGUCUUUCAGUUCUCCUCCAAACACAAGGAGACACUCGCCGGCCGCUGGGGCCAGCAGAAGGGCAACCGCAAGAGAAUGACCUACCAGAAGAUGGCCAGGGCCCUGCGCAACUACAGCAAGACCGGCGAGGUCAAAAAGGUCAAGAAGAAGCUCACGUACCAGUUCAGCAGCGAGGUGCUGAGGAGGAUGACUACGGACAGGAGGCAGUAUCAUCACUGACAUUUCCUUUAGAUCCAGUGUCUCUUAAUAUUCACAGAUUCUCUCCUGCCAUUGUUCUGCAGCAAAAAAUAUUAUCUCAGGGAUAUGUAAUAUGUAUAGUUAAAAUAGGGAUGUAAUAUCUGAGUAGCUGACAAAUGGACAUGGACAAAAGACAGUUUUAAGGUUAAAGUGUCUUUAUUCGUAAAAGAGUACAUGCUUUCAUGUUUUGAUGCUGUAACUGGUCAGUUUUAUUUUAUGUUUUCUUUUUUCACUUUUAAAUCGGCUUGAUUUCACUAUUGUUACAUUUCAAUUGUCCAGUGGUGUGACAAAUUAACACCAGUUAAUAUAGUUAUGAAAACUGCAUGCAUAAUAAUAACACAAUUUUAAUAAUAUAAUUCUCAUAAUAAUGUUACACAUCUAGUUACUAUGCGGGACAUUUCAACGUGUUCAGCUAUUUUGACACAUUUUGACUUCCAUACACUUCAUCCACACAAAUAAGUAAGCUUUAACUUAUUUUAUGUUUAUUAAUGCGAAAAAUCGGUCUUUAUAUUAUGAGGAGGUGUCACACCGCUGAAUAAACGAACCUGGAAGUCCGCCUUGAAAAUAGCUUAUUUACUUUUUGUUGGGUUUGUAAUUCCACUGGAAAAAAAUUCCAUA